AUGGAGCUGGACCGCAUGACCACCGGCGGCCUCCACGCCUACCCCGGGCCGCGGGGCGGGCCGGCGGCCAAGCCCAACGUGAUCCUGCAGAUCGGUAAGUGCCGGGCCGAGAUGCUGGAGCACGUGCGCAGGACCCACCGGCACCUGCUGGCCGAGGUGUCCAAGCAGGUGGAGCGCGAGCUGAAGGGGCUGCACAGGUCCGUGGGCAAGCUGGAGAGCAACCUGGACGGCUACGUGCCCACCAGCGACUCGCAGCGCUGGAAGAAGUCCAUCAAAGCCUGCCUGUGCCGCUGCCAGGAGACCAUCGCCAACCUGGAGCGCUGGGUGAAGCGCGAGAUGCACGUGUGGCGGGAGGUCUUCUACCGCCUGGAGCGGUGGGCCGACCGCCUGGAGUCCAUGGGCGGCAAGUACCCCGUGGGCAGCGAGCCCGUCCGCCACACCGUCUCCGUGGGCGUGGGGGGUCCCGAGGGCUACUGCCAGGAGGCCGACGGCUAUGACUACACCGUCAGCCCCUAUGCCAUCACCCCGCCCCCCGCCACCGGCGAGCUGCCGGGGCAGGAGCCUGCCGAGGCCCAGCCGUACCAGCCCUGGGGGCCAGGCGAGGACGGGCAGCCCAGCCCGGGCGUGGACACGCAGAUCUUUGAGGACCCCCGGGAGUUCCUGAGCCACCUGGAGGAGUACCUGCGGCAGGUGGGCGGUUCUGAGGAGUAUUGGCUGUCUCAGAUCCAGAACCACAUGAACGGGCCAGCCAAGAAGUGGUGGGAGUUCAAGCAGGGCUCGGUCAAGAACUGGGUGGAGUUCAAGAAAGAGUUCCUGCAGUACAGCGAGGGCACACUGUCCCGGGAGGCCAUCCAGCGUGAGCUGGACCUGCCGCAGAAGCAGGGCGAGCCCCUGGACCAGUUCCUGUGGCGCAAGCGCGACCUGUACCAGACCCUGUACGUGGACGCCGAUGAGGAGGAGAUCAUCCAGUAUGUGGUGGGCACGCUGCAGCCCAAGCUCAAGCGCUUCCUGAGGCAUCCGCUGCCCAAGACACUGGAGCAGCUCAUCCAGAGGGGCAUGGAGGUGCAGGACGGCCUGGAGCAGGCCUCCGAGCCGGCUGGCCCCCCUCUGCCUGCCGAGGAUGAGGCCGAGACCAUCACUCCAGCCCUCACCAGCGAGUCCAUGGCGAGUGACCGGACACAGACAGAAUAGAGCCCAGCCCAGGGCCCCCCCAGCCUGCCUGCCACACCUAGCCUGUGGCUUUUGCCAACCAGGACUUGAGCUGGGGCUGAUUCCCCCCCACUCCGGGGGGAGCUCUGGCCAGCUGGGCCCCCACACGCCCCCUGGCCUGAUGCAGACACAAGCAACCAAAACAGCAAAGGAGUUACUCUCCUGCAAGGCUCCUGCCUGCCCCUCCCUCGUCUGUCUUCCUGUCCCCUCUCCCCCAUGGCCAGUGGUCCCAUCGUCCUCACACUCAGGCCACUGCAGAAGACCCCCAGCUUCCUCAUUCUGCUCCAAAGCCCCGGCCCUCUGGUCCGGACAGCAAGAGCCAAUGGGCUCCCCAGCUCACGGGUACCCCAGGGCAGAAGCUCCAGAGAACCAGUGCCCAGGGAACUUCGGCUUCUGGGGACACCGCCUGCUCCUGGCAGACACAGUAGAGCCGGCGGCCACCCUCGUGUCCUCCCGGGGACAAGCCGGCCAGCUUCAGGCAGCAUGGCGCCCCUGGCAGGGGCGAGCUGAGACCACAGCUCCAGCAGCUUCAGCAGUAGACCUGAUGUCCCGGUGUCUCCUGGCCCUCAGCAUAGUGAUUCACGGCAGUUUGGAGACGAAAUCGGCUCGGAUGACUCAGCCACAGCGGCAGAGGGUCCCAGAAGGGCUGGCUGAGGCAAGAAACUGCACUUUCGGAGCCAGGAGAAUGACACCAGGUCUCAAGGCUUCCGAGGAGUCUUUGCUGCUGUGCCUGGCGCUGUCCCCUCUUCUCUCUCUGAGCUCCCUGCACACGUCCUGGAGCAGCAGAGAGAGUGUGGCUGCAGAGAAGCAGUGGCCUGGCAGAGGGCAGCACCCAGCUCAGCCCGAGAGCUGGCAGUGGACAGGCCAGCGUGAGGGCCCGGGCUUUUGCCACGCUGGCCCCGCUGGCCACCAGAUGCUUGCCCCCAGAGCCACCACAGCUGAGCGGGGUUCCCUGCCUGGCCGCCCGGCCCCGAGCCCCGGCUCGCUGUGUGGUCCUCACUUCCUGCCAGAGCCCUCCAGCAGCCCUGAGGCCGCUGCCCCUUCCCCGCCGUCCCAGCCCAGCCCAGCAGGCCCCCAGGUCUCUCCUGCUGGGUUGUUCCAGGCAUCCUGCCCUGCCCUGCUGUUGCCCAGGCUAGGCUCCAUUCAGGCCCUGUCCAUCCCCAGCACCAGUCCUGGGGGCUGGAAGCCGCUCAUGCCUGCAGCUCAGCAGGCCUUGCCCACUGGAACUCUGGAAUCUGGGGAUUUAUUCUGCAGACACCCAUACAGACGCUCCCCUGUGCCCCUGCCAGCCCCACAGAUUUAUUUUUGCAGAAGCCAUACCCCUCUUCAUUAACUGGCACAGGUGCAGGGGGCCUGGGGUCGAGACCACAGGUGCCCACUGUCCCCUCCCUCCCCGACCGGACUGUGUACCCUG